UCUCCCACUGUGCAAAGUGUGAGUGUCGUGCGUGUGUGUCUCCCUGUGGUGCCUGUUCGCUCGACACGUUGUGCGUGAAAGUUUAUUAAGUUUAAGUUUAUUAAGGCCGGUGUAAGAGCUCCAAAAAAGCAGGAUGCCACCGAAGAAGGUUGAGGAGCCUGAAAGGAAGCCCCUCAUCGGGCGGGUGGGUACGAACCUCAAAGUUGGUAUCGUCGGGAUCCCAAACGUCGGAAAGUCGACCUUCUUCAAUGUCCUUACGAAGAGCCAAGCAGCUGCUGAGAAUUUUCCGUUCUGCACCAUCGAUCCAAAUGAAAGUCGAGUACCAGUGCCAGACGCAAGAUUUGACUACCUGUGCGAAUACUUCAAGCCGGCCAGCAAAGUACCAGCGUUUCUCAACGUAGUCGAUAUCGCCGGCCUUGUGAAGGGAGCUGCCGAAGGUCAGGGGCUAGGAAACGCUUUUCUGUCGCACAUCAGCGCGUGUGACGCCAUUUUCCAUCUUUGCAGAGCUUUCGAAGACGACGACGUGACGCACAUCGAGGGCGAAGUGAAUCCGGUGCGUGAUCUCGAGAUCAUCAGCGAAGAGCUGCGUCUCAAAGACAUCGAAUUUCUCUCCGUUCAUCUCGAGAAACUGGAGAAACUCGUUGUCAGAGGCAACGACAAAAAACUCAAACCCGAAUACGACGCCCUUCUCAAAGUCAAGACCAUCCUGCACGAGGAAAAAAAACACAUCAGGUUCGCGGAUUGGAGCGUCAACGAGAUCGACGUGCUCAACAAAUAUUUGUUCCUGACUUCAAAACCCGCUAUUUACUUGGUCAAUCUCUCGGAGAAAGAUUACAUUCGGAAGAAAAACAAAUGGCUGAUCAAAAUCAAAGAGUGGGUCGACAAGAAUGACCCUGGCGCGAGUCUCAUUCCCUUCAGUGGUGCAUUCGAGAACAAGGUUAUCGAUAUGGAGCCACCUGAGGCAGCGAGGUAUUUCGAAGAGCACAAAGUUGCCAGUGCUCUGGAUAGAAUCAUCGUUCAGGGUUACAAGUCUCUUCAAUUGCAGUACUUUUUCACUGCUGGAGCUGACGAAGUUAAAGCAUGGACGAUUCAGAAAGGGACGAAAGCACCACAAGCUGCAGGUAGAAUUCACACGGACUUUGAAAAAGGUUUUAUCAUGGCAGAAGUCAUGAAAUUCGAGGACUUCAAAAACGAAGGCUCCGAAGCUGGUGUCAAGGCGGCUGGAAAGUACAGACAACAGGGUCGUAACUACGUAGUCGAGGACGGUGACAUAAUAUUUUUCAAAUUCAACGCUGGUGCUGGACUGAAAGACGCGAAGAAAAAGUGAUGGCACGCCUCGUUGGUACUGCUGCUGGUUUACAUGUACAUCAAUAUGAUUUUAUUUUCAUGUUGCAUAAAACAACGGAUUUACUAAUA